AUGGAGAAUGCCAAGGACAAAUUUGUCUCGGCAAUGGCUUUUAUCUUGAUUUUGUCUAAUCCGGAUUCGUGUCUUUACCAUGUUUUUGUUUCGCAGCUGGAGUCCAUGAUUUGCCUCUUUGUUAGCUUAAUGCUUGAUUAUGAACUUAUUUCGCUGUCCUCGGAGCCUGCAAUCGAUGAUCUUGAAAGAUCCAAAGUCAGAUCCGCUGAUGGAUUUUUCAUUGCCCUCUGCUGUGAAGCGGCUCAUAGGCCGUUUGGGAACAUAUCCGGAACUAGAAGGGAUUUUGAAUGGCCUCCAUCCCAUUAA